ACCGCAGGCCGCUAGUUGCCGUGGAGCGUAGAGCUGCGGUGGCCUGUUUGUCUGUGCGAAGCUGGCAGGGCCUCCAAGCCCCAGCAUCUGGUCCUCAUUAAGAGCAGAGGGUAUAUAGCAGGGAUCGGCUAGGGGCUGGAGCUCAGUGCGGGGACCAUGGAGCAGACUGCCUGGGUGUGCCUGCUCUGUCUGACGGCUGGCCUGCUCUCACAUGCCCUGGACUGCUCCUCCCAGACAGGAGGACAGCUGAGGGGGGCAGGGCUACAAGGAAGCAACAUUGGGAGAACACGGCCGAUAACAAGACCUGGGUCAAGAGGGGCAAUUGGUAGCGUAGGCCACACCGAUAUUCUACAACAGUUACAGGUGUUGAGCAGACAGAAGAGGCAGCUGGAGAGGAGUGGUCCCACACACCUGGGCCCAGCCAGCCUGCCUGGAGCCGUCUCCGUCAAGGGCUUCCCCAACAUGGUCACCCAGGCGGAGCGUGCCAGGAGACAUCUGGGUCACACUGGUACAAAGAAGAAGAACAAGGUCAAAUCCCGUGUCGGCUCCUACUCUCUCAUCGUCCAUGACUUCUCCUCACCCCUCCAGGUGGAGAGAGUGAGACGGCAGCUUCAGGAGCCACCGAAGAAGGGGAAGACGGGGCGUUCUGGGGCCUACUCAGUCCUGGGGGAUGCAGUGAUUGAAAGACCCAAGAGGAGCGCACAGAAAAGGAAGAAUCCCAAGUAAAUAGUUCAGAAAUGGAAUACUAAAUAUACAUCAAUCGAGUGCCCAACAUGUUACUGUGUGCUACAUAGUUUGUAGCUGCAUUGUGUGAGUCAAUAUAUUGAUUCUGUGUAAAUUGUUCAAGUUACUAAUAUAUACAUCAGCUAAAUAUGCAGUACUGGUUAAAUAUGCUGUGUCCUUUAGAACCCUGUCAAAUACUUCUAGAUGAAUCCCUUGUUUAAAAUUAACAUAUAUUUUGAUUACAGAAAAUCGAACAUAAUCUUUAGCGAUGGUUUAACAAGAGCAUUUGUAGAGUGAAUCAAAUACUGAAUGACUACAGUAGGAUUGGCAACAUAUCCUGUACUCAUCGUAAAUUUAUGAAAUAAACAUUACCAUUUAGUUA